AAAUACGGCAACGGCGAGAAUUGUGCAAGUAAUAAUGGUGAGCCAUGAUGACUCUAAUUUUAAGAUCUUGUUUCCUUUUGAAGGUAAAAACAUGCCUCCUCCGCUACAAUGAAUCAGUCCCUGUCUAGUAGUAGUGCUUACUUUGAAGGAUUGCAACCAAAAUAAAAGCACACAGAUGAACACAUUUGGGAGUCCAGCUUUGAGCAGAUUUGUCUGACUUGGCCGGGGAGAGGAAGAGAGAGGGACCGAGAGAGAGAGAGAGGGCAAGAUUUGGAGCGAGCGUGUCCUGAGCUUUGAAAAACAGAGGAGAGGAGAGGGAGAGAAUGGCUGCUGCCUAAUUAAUCCUCUUUGCAGCCGCCGCCCUGCUCCCUGACACUUGCGGACUUCCUUUCAAAACAGGAUGUCUGAAUUUUGGACGGAGCGGACGCGAGAGAAUGUGGGGAAAACAUGAAUGGUGACGGACGGGCUGCCUCUGCCGCGGCUAAACCUGAGCAUGAGCGCUGGCUGGAUCCACCAAAGGAAUCACACGACAGAUCGGGAAGCCCGCCAUGGUGACCUUUGCAGAGACGACGCAGGUCUCCUCCACGGAGCUGCGCGAGCCGCCCCGCCCCGGCGCCACCCUGUCCCCGGGGCUGAGGCGGAAAAAGAUGCUGUGGCAGAACGCCGUCAAGCACAUCAUCAUCCAGCAGGAGCUCAGCGCUCAGGUGGGCGUGGAGCCAGCUCGCAAGAUCUUUGUGACCGACGCCUACAUGGAAGAAAUCAACCGGCAGAUCCGCAGCAAGGCCUCGCGCGGCGUCAAGCGGCGCUCCUCCACCUUUCGAGUGCACCCCUCCCACAUGCGCAGCGGCUCCCUCAGCCACAGCGUGGCCAACGAAUACGCCAGCGACGCCGACUUCUUUGUGCACUGGGGCCGCAUUAUUCACGGCAUUUACAUCCCCACCCUGAGGCACACCUUCAAGUCCAAAGACCUGGAAAAACUCUACCAGCAGCACUCGUCCCACCAAAGACGCAACUCCCUGGCCAUCACCAAUGUGAUCGAUGCCGUGGCCAAGUUGCAGAUCCUGGUUCUGUACCUGGCCUUGGCGCGCGAGGAGGAGGCGGCGGCGGCGCUGGCGGCGGCCGAGCCCCUGCGAGGCUGCUUGACGUGCGCCUUCACGGUGUUUGCCGUGGCGCUGUGCGUGGGGGUGCUCACCUGUAAGGACUCCAUGCCGCCCAGGUGGCUUCAUUACGCCGGGCUGGCCAGCUGGCUGUCGCAGACGGCUCAGGUCCUGGGAGGACUGGUCUACGGUCUGGAGAAAGACCCGUCGUGGUACCUUCUGUUCACGCUGUUUGCCACCUACACGCUGCUUCCCCUCCCGCUGGCGUGGGCCAUGUGCGCCGGUUCGCUGACGUCGGCGCUGCAGGUGGCGGCCGAGACCGUACGCUUCCGUCACGACGCCGUGCUCUUGACCAAGGUGCUGGCCCAAGGCCUCCUGUACCUGGGGAUGAACACGGCCGGAUUCUUCAUUCACUACCUGAGCGAUCAUUCGCAGCGCCAGGUGUUCCUGGAAACGCGGCGCUGCAUCGAAGGCCGCCUCCGGCUGGAGCAGGAGAACCAGCGACAGGAGCGUCUGGUCUUGUCCAUUUUGCCCCGCUUUGUCGCCUUGGAAAUGAUCGCCGACAUGAGCUCCAUGGAAGAUGAGCUCAUUCCUCAAGAGUUUCACAAGAUUUAUAUUCACCAGUACAAAGAUGUCAGCAUCCUUUUUGCCGACAUCAAGGGCUUUACUCUGCUAUCCAUGAACUUGUCAGCUCAGGAUUUGGUUCGAACCCUCAACGAGCUCUUUGGACGCUUCGACCAUUUGGCCGAGGAGCACCAGUGCCUGCGAAUCAAGAUACUCGGGGACUGUUAUUAUUGCGUGUCCGGGGUCCCGGAACCCCAGCGCGCCCACGCCCGCCACUGCGUGGAAAUGGGUCUGGCUAUGAUCAGCACCAUACGGUCCGUCCGCAGGCAGCUCAACUUUAACAUGGACAUGAGGAUCGGCAUCCAUUCGGGCUCGGUCCUGUGCGGGGUGCUGGGUCUGCAGAAAUGGCAGUUUGACGUUUGGUCUUGGGACGUGGGCAUCGCCAACAUGCUGGAGGCGGGCGGCAUACCGGGGAGGAUCCAUAUCUCCAAGGCCACCCUGGACUGCCUGGAAGGCACCUACAAGACAGAGGACGGACACGGAGGUGACAGGAACGACUUCCUGCGGCGACACAACAUCGCCACCUUCCUCGUUUGCCCUCAGGAGGACAUCCCCCGAGAUGAGCGCGCCGAGCCUCGCAAAGUCCGCAAAACCAGUCGCGGCCAGCAGACUCCUUUCGGCAGCGCCGUCGACAUGAACAGCAUCUUGGCCUCGUUCACCAACGGGUCGCUGCCCAACAUAUGGCCGUCCACCUCCAAGGAAAUCAACCAACGCAUCAAACGCGCCAUCGAGGUCCGCAGCAGCGAGCGGAUGCACAAGGAACACAUCAGUCCUCUGUCCCUGCUAUUCAAGGACACGCACGUGGAGGACAAGUUUUCCCAGAUGAGAGACGAAAUGUUCAACUCCAACCUGCUCUGCUCCUUCAUCAUGCUGCUCUUUGUCAUGGCCGCCCAGGCCCUCAUCCCGGCGCCCAGGCUGAUCCCAGCCAUGGUGCAGUUUUCCCUGUUCCUGCUCACCUACGCGCUGCUGCUGCUGCUGGCGCUGGCCGAGGAGUUCAGAUGGAGCCCGGCCGCGCUGCAGCAGUUGUGCUGCUGGAUCCACGAGAACAACGGCGCUCGCAACACGCUCACCCUCACUACCGUUGUCAUCAACUUUGCUUUGGCCUCCACGGACAUUUUGUGGUGCGUUCUGACAGACGCGGGAGGAGCUCACCAGACGGAAAAGACCAACACGGCGUCAUCGGCUCUCACCGUGUGUUCCUACCCGGAGGUGUUUGUGCUGAGCGGCGUGAUCGCCAUGGUGACGUGCGCCGUGUUCCUUCGUCUCAACUCCCUGCUGAAGCUGGCCGUGCUGCUGCUGGCCGUGGCCAUCUAUUCCUACCUCAUCCAUCUGGCCUUCCUGUCUCUCGCGCGCCAAGACAUGCCGCAUGGGUCUUACUACAUGAGGAGAAAAGGCAUCGCCAUCCUCCUCUUGGUCAUGUUCAUCGUGGCCGUCUUUUACAACGGACGCCAGUGGGAGGCCACCGCCAGGCAGGACUUCCUGUGGCGUCUGCAGGCUCAGCAGGAAGUGGAGGACAUGCGGGAGCUGCGGGAGCACAAUGAGUGUCUGCUGCACAAUAUUCUGCCCAUGCACGUGGCCCGCCACUUCUUGGACCGCAGCAAGAACGAUGAGGAGCUCUACUCGCAGUCCUACGACGAGGUGGGGGUGAUGUUUGCGUCUAUCGCUGGAUUUAACGAAUACUUUGAGCAAAAGGAGAUCAGGCACGAAGGUGUGGAUUGCCUCCGACUCCUCAACGAGAUCAUAGCCGGCUUCGACGAGUUGCUGGAGGAGUCGUACUUUCAUUACGUGGAGAAGAUCAAGACCGUCGGCAGCUGCUAUAUGGCCGCUUCCGGUCUGGCGCCCGACAAGCAGACGUCCAUGGACGAAUGGAAUCACUUGAGCGAACUGGUUCUAUUUGCUCUGGCGAUGCAGGAGACCUUGAAGGAGAUUAACAGGCACGCCGCCAAAGACUUUCAGCUCCGUGUCGGCAUCGCUCACGGGCCGGUGGUAGCGGGCGUGAUCGGUGCCAGCAAACCGCAGUACGACAUCUGGGGCUCCACGGUGAACCUGGCCAGCCGCAUGGACAGCACGGGGGUGAGCGGACGCAUCCAGGUGCCCGAGGCCACCCGCAGGAUCCUGGCAGAGUGGGGCUUUGUCUUGGAGCUGCGUGGGGAGAUCUUUGUCAAGGGGGUGAGCGAGUGUCGGGGCAAAGUGCGGACCUACUUCAUCAGCACCAUACGCAGCAAGAGAGCCGUUUCGGCGCCGGGCGGACGGCCGGGGGCCAGGAUGGAGGGACGCAUGACGCUGGCGGGCAUCGUGUUCAGUUUGGUCCAAGGCAGACACAAGGAGAGGCUGAGGGAGACCAACGGGGGAGUCACUCAAGUGCUGAGCUGAUGGGAGAACCCCUUCAAAGUGACCCAGAUUCAAAUUCCGCCAUACCGUUGUCAGUACUUUGUAUUGUGACAAUGAGGACGUUGUCAAGGCCGGUUGUCGUCUUCGUCGGGGUCUGAAAGCUUCAAGCCAAACCAUUGUAUACCUCAAAUCACAACCACCUCAACAACCAUAUACAAUGAGCUGUAUAAUCUUUCAAUGCUUGAUCUCUAACUGUAGUCUUAUGUGUGGAAUAAAAAUAAAACACUGGCUUUUA